AACACAACUCUAAGAGCUUAGUCUACAAUUCAAACCUGAGGACAAUACAAUAAAUUAACCAGCUUUCACCAUAGAAAGGACCAAUUCAAACCAAAAUGACAACCAAUAUUUAAACACCACUGACCCUUCUCUUGGGACAAAGAGCUUGUGUAGAUCACUGACCCUGGACACUGCUAUGGGUUUGUAUGAGUUUUCUAGUUUUGUGGAAAUUCUGAGGGAAUCCAUCAAAGUCCUAGCCAAAAAUGGGCAGUUCAUGGCCACCAUAACCACAGCCUCCAUCCUCCUCAACUCUCUUCUCUUAUUUACCAACAUCUUCUCCACCAAACCGGUGAUCCACGAUUUGCUUUCCAAGGAAACCCUUUUACUUCUUGCAGGCCCCGGGAGCCCCGGUUUUGCUGAUUUGCUUCUUGGUGUCAAAAUAGAUGUACGAACCAUCAUAGGAAUUGAAUCGGCUAUCUUGCUCGCUUCCUUGAUCAUCUCUCUUUUCUCUAUGGUAUCAACAAUUUUAGUAUCAGCCAUAGCAUAUCAGGAUAAGGCCUUGUCUUUCAAUGAUUUUCUGUCAAGGUUGACAAGGUCGUGUAUAAGACCGUUCAUCACUUCAUUUCACAUCACUAUUUAUCUCUACGGUUACAUUUUCUUUGUAUUGGUUUUACUAAUUCCUCUUGUGGUUUUUUGUGAUCAUCCUUUCACCUUAAAAGCCAUCUCCAUCUCAUUUGGUAUUGUUGCCUUGAUUUUCUGGACAUACUUAUCGGUUGUUUGGGUUUUGGCGUUGGUGAUUUCGGUGCUUGAAGAGAAUUGUUAUGGAAUUGGAGCACUAGGAAAAGCUGGAGGACUUAUCAAGGGGAAGAGGCUACACGGAUUUGCUCUAAACAUUUUUGUGUUGCUAGCAUCGAUUGUUGUAGUUCAGUGUUCUAGGAUGAUCAGAGAUCCAAAAUCAUUAUCUAUCCAGAUGAUAAUCGGGUUUUUUCUGACACUUUUUUCUGGCCUGGUGACAAUGUUUCACUACUUGACCUACACAGUCUUAUAUUUUCAGUGCAAGAAAACACAUGGUGAAGAGAUUGAAUUGCAAGCAAGCAUGGAAUAUAGUAAAGUACUUGUCACUGAAGAUAUCCCCUAAGAAUGGUCACUUUUAAUAUGUGUGAUUUAUUUGGGCUUUGAAUAUUGCUCUGUACAAUUUUGUUGUUUUCUCUCAUUCUUUUAAAUGUCUAGGUUCUCUCUCAAGUGUAUGAACGAUAUAUAUGCCUUCUCAGAAGGCCUUAAAUGAUCAAUGUAAUCUUUGUUGAUUAGUGAUAUUUCAAAUUUACCAUUGUUUACAAGA